AUGGGUCUGUUGAGUGAAGGCAGUCCUUUAUCAUGGGAUGAAACGCGGGAUUUAGCCGAACAUGUGAGGCAAGAGGGUAUCAAGCAGUUUAUUAACAUAUAUCACAAUCUCAAGAACAGGACAGGGGAUGGCUUGAAAUGGGGUGAUGAGGUUGAAUAUAUGCUUGUUCAUUUUGAUGAACAGCGGAAGAAGGCUACUCUUAGUCUUCGAGCUCAUGAAAUUCUUCCUAUAUUGAUGGAAAAAGAAGCAAAAGAUCCUGCAAAUGUAAAGUCACUUUGGCGACCAGAAUAUGCAGGUUACAUGAUUGAAAGUACUCCAGGGAAGCCCUAUGGAGGACUUUUAGCGCAUGUUAAUAUUGUUGAAGCUAACAUGAGAGCUCGAAGAGAAGAAGUAGAGGCAUUGCUUCAAGAAGGAGAAAGUUUGCUUACCCUCACAAGUUUCCCUAGGUUGGGAUGCGGAGUUUUCACGAAGCCUGAAACAUUCACAAAUGUUAAGGAUGGUGCUUCAAGAUCUCUUUUUAUUCCCGACGAAGUCAUCUAUCCAGGACACCCAAGGUUCAAGACACUUACCAGAAAUAUAAGGAUGCGAAGAGGUGAAAAAGUUGCCAUUAAUGUACCUGUUUUUAGAGAUGAUAAUACACAAAGUCCAUUCAAAGAGGACUUGAAAAGUCUUGGUGACGAUGGGUCCAGUGAUUCAGCUGCACUACCAGACCAUGCAUCUAAUAUGGAUGAAGCGAGGAUCCUCUAUGAUCAGUUAACACCAUUAUGUCCAAUACUGUUGGCAUUGUCAGCAGCAUCUCCUAUACAUCACGGAGUCCUAACAGACACAGAUUGUAGGUGGAAUGUGAUAUCAGGAUCUGUUGAUGACAGGACUCGUGAAGAAAGGGGAUUAGAACCACUGAAGAAUAACCAAUUUGUGAUUCCAAAGUCACGUUAUGCUAGCAUAGAUAGCUAUUUAAGUCCUCUAGGGGAAAAAUAUAAUGAUAUACCUGUGAUACAUGACAAAAAUAUUUUCAAUGAACUGAAUGCUGCAGGAGUUGAUGAAUUGCUUGCAAAACAUAUUGCCCAUCUCUUCAUUAGAGAUACUGUUUCACUAUUCUCAGAAAAAGUUUAUCAAACACCUAAUGACACAGAUCACUUUGAGAAUAUUCAGUCCACUAAUUGGCAAUCUAUGAGAUUUAAACCACCUCCACCUAACAGUACUAUUGGCUGGCGUGUAGAAUUCAGGCCAUGUGAACUUCAAAUAACAGAAUUUGAAAAUGCUGCCAUAGUAAUCUUCAUUGUAUUAUUUACAAGGGUGAUUCUUUCUUACAGAUUGAAUCUGCUUAUUCCUAUUAGCAAGGUUGAUGAAAACAUGCAGAAAGCACAAAAAAGAUCUGCUGUUAGAGAAGAAGUGUUUUGGUUUAGGAAAAAAAUUCUUCCUCCAGAAAAAGAACAAAAUCAUGAAAUAACUGAAACGGAUGAUGAAUAUGGCGCGAUGACUAUCAACCAAAUCAUUAAUGGAAAGGCAGGAUCAUUUCCAGGACUGGUUCCGUUGGUAAAAAAUUAUCUAAGCAGUAUGGAUGUAGAUGCAGAUACUUUCUGUUCGAUUCAACAAUAUUUAAAUUUAAUACAAAAAAGAGCAUCAGGGGAAUUACUUACAACUGCAUCAUGGAUUCGACAGUUUGUUCGACAACAUCCGUCAUACAAGCAGGAUUCUAUUAUAAAUGAUGAAAUCAAUUUUGAUCUCUUAAAAGAAAUACAAAGGAUACAAGAGGGAGUUAAUCCUUGUCCUGAACUUCUGGGCCAUUCCUUGGAGAGCAAGACUAAACACAACAUACCUACUUCAAUUGAGAAGGCUUGUACUAAUAGUGUUGAGUAAAGUAAUUACAAGCUAAUCGGCUUUUAGACAGAAAAUGUGGAUAGCAGAUUUUCAUUGCCUUGUUCCUGAAAAAUCUGAAUGGCAAAAUACGUUGCUAUAGAAAAAUACUUUUAUUUUUGUAUUCAAAUUUUAUUUUAUUUAUUUUGGCAUUAUAUCUGGCCACAUAUUUCUGUCUAUGCUUGAUUGUGUAUUGAUCACUUGUACCAUUUAAUGGUUGUGAUUAAAAAUUAAAAAAAAAAAAAAAUUAUAAAAUCAGUAUUCAUGUAGUAAUAAACCAAGGCAUUUUGAACAAAAGCUUUUAAUACACAAAAGGAGAUCUUAUAAAUAUAGAGGUGGCAUUAUUUAACCAGAAAAGAUGUUAAAAAAUUGUACUUAGAUGUGCCAACUGAUGCAACUGUUACAAAUUAAAGAUCAAAGAAAUAUUUUUAUGAAGUGAAUAUUGCACCUUGUUGAUUGAUUGAUAUGUUUGAGUGUUGUUGAUUGGAUUUGUUGAUUUUAUUAUCAGAGACUGGAGCAGUUUAUGCAGAAACAUGCCAAAAUAAGUAGAAAAACCUUAAAUAUGCAGUAAAAACUAUUACAAAUAAAUUAGCCUGUACAUGCAAUUAUUUUAUAUGUAAUGUUACAGUUAAAUGUUCUAACUUCAAAUUAAUCUAAUCGUUCUUACUCAAAACCUCAAUAUUAUAAAUGAUGAUUUUUUAACAUAAAGAAGAAACUAAAAGUUAAAUAUAACUUUUCAUUUGAAUUGUAUAUUUAUAAAUCUUUUUAACUUUCCUUUUAAUCAGAUAUUUUUACAUAAAGAAAAGAAAUAUUAAUUAAGUUUUCUCAGUUUUUAAAACCAAUGCAAUUCAACAUGAAGAUAUAAAAUAAACAU